AUUUAAAACCCCCAUUCAUCUAUACCUUGUAUUCUCUAUAUAAUUCCUCCCUACACCGUUUCGACUUUGUUUCUUCAUCUCAUCCUCAUAGAUCUCCGUAGCGCACAGUUCAACACUGCCUGCCCUUCGAGACUACAUCAGCCCAUACGACCAUCCAAUCUUCGUGGCCUCAUCAAUUGUCAACUCCCAGCUCCGCCCAUUCAGGACCAUCUCGGCUCUCCCCCUUCUACUCCAUCUAUACCACACCAUGCCACAUAAAGUCACCAACGACUCCAAUUCUACUCUGGCCAGCGGAGAUAGUAGCACCAGCGACCAAGUCAUUGCCACAGAAGUCCGAGCCGCCAAUCCCGUCCGCAAACCUCCCGUUAUCGUCCAUAAUAAAGGUGGCCAAAUCUACGACGAGACCAGGCCGUCCGACUGGGACAAACAACGCUGGAAGUAACAUCACGGCCAGCCCCAAAUCUGGGGGUUGGUAGCGUGAUGGGGAUCUCACAGGCAGACAGAGCUCCAAGGGAGCAAGAAAAAAAAAAGCAAGCAAGCAGGUUGGGGAAAGGACCCUCCAAUCCAGUCCAGUCCACCUCGAUUUAUCCGCGCGGCUUUGCGGACUACUUUCUCCGUGACGGUCACUGUGCUGUACGCCCAGAAAUGACAGCUACGAAGAAAAAGGAACUAAGGGAGCGGACAACUGGACCUCGCCAGAGAUGAGCCUCUAAUGGGGACCAGCAUAGCGGUGGAACUUGCAUUUCCUUUGGACGGCAGUUGGCAAAUCAGCUCAAGGCCUUGGUCCCGGACAACUUUCCCCCUUUUUUUUUUCUGUGAUCGGUUUGCUUUGGGAACACUACUUGAACGGUUUUAGUGUUCCCAAGUAUUCGGCUCCGAAAAAGAAGGGAUGAGAGUGGGCGCCAGCCGUGCCUAUCGUCACCGCUAUGCUCUCGCUAUGCCGUUAUGCCGCUAUGCCCAUCUCGCCAUACCGCUUUACCCGCGAUCAUCUCCUUUCCUCCCCCUGACCCAACAAUCUCCAGUUGGUCUGGGCCACUGUCACUUUCCCUUCUGGCUUGGAAGGUUGCCCAGUUACCAAUUGCCAACUGGCCUGCUUUGCUUGCUACGAUCCCUUUACUCUUUCUCUCUUUGCCUAUUCUGCCCCGGAUUACUUCACGCCGGGGAAGAUGUGGAUCCCCCUUCCUUCCCUAUCCUCUUCCCUCCCCCCUACUUGGUGCUUUCCGUUUCCCCUUGUAUGAUUAUCUGGAGUUCUUCGGAUUUUUUCGGUGUCUCUCCAGCCCGUAUUGUGCUUUUCUUUUUCUUUCUUUCUUUUUUUUUUUUUUUUUCGGAGGCGUCUUUUGCUUUCAACUUACACUCUCGACUCUGAUAUGUUUGGCUUUGGUGUUUUUGUUUGAUUCCUUUCCCUUUCUCUACACCUCCUCUUCCCAACUCUAUCUCUCUUUCCGACUGAUCACUCUCCCCCCUCGGUCUCCUACCUCCUCCCUCAAUUCCACUCACCAUCCUCAUGCAUCCCCUGGCUUGACCUUAUCGGCCUCAGGGAGCGUUACACGUGUCAUAUUACUUUUACGCACAUACCUCGCAGGGUUACUGCAGGUAUACAUGCUGGCGGGACCAUCCAUCCCCCAGCCCUGUCUGUUUUUGCUAACACUACUAUUAUGUGGCUUUAUUUUGUUCUUGUUCUUUGAUUGCGAUGCAUAGCGUGGGCAAUGGGUUAAUUCUCUACUUUACUGGGCUGUUUUUUUUUUCUUUUUGCGAAUGAGCGAAAUUUGUUACUGGAAUGUCUGUGCUACUGCGACACACAAUUUGAAUACUGGAAUAUUGGAUAUGGAUAUGGAUAUCUUGUCUCGAAUAUUGAGACCAUUGAAUUGAAUUGAAUCAAUACGGUCGGAGAUGGACCCUCUUACUAUUUGGCUAUCUCCUCUUUCUAUAGACA